UAGAUAAGAACAAAAAUCUGGGUAAGAGAGAGAUUAAUGCUGCUGAUAUAUAUAUAUAUAUAUAUAUUAUAUAUAUACAUAUGCGCUGAUCUUUAUUGCUCUGAAGCGUGCCGUGCAUUGGGGUCUGUCAUGCCGUACUGUAUACGAUCGAUGAUAUUAAUGUCUCCCUUCCUGCCCGUGCAUGAACGAAGUCACUGCAAUCGAAUCAAAUCAUAUUCUGCAGAUUUCUUCAAUUGAAAAAUAGCAAACUAAACCUGCAAAGCUGAUUCUUUUUCGCUUUUUUUUCGUAUUUGCUUGAACUGUUGUUGCUGUAACAGUCGAAGGUUUACCAGACGGGCAGACGUUGUUACCAAAGUUCAUCAUUCCUCUGGAAGGUCUUCUGAAUUUCAAGUAUUUUGUAAAACUGUUGUAUUGUCAUUUAUUUUUCUGGGAGCGUCUGAAUCCUGAAAUUGAUCGGAGAAGAAGAAAUAUCUGUCAUCAAGACAAAAUGUGCAGUAAAGCUCCAUCUGUGAAAACUUCCAAACUUCGAUAGAGGCCUUUCGAGGGAGACUGCGCUUACCAUCUAUUUUUUAGCUAAUUUGGAGGUUCAAAAAGUGCAAAAAAGGUCUCUCUUCCAAAGUCUUUGAGUCUCUGUAAAGAGUCUCCGGCCGCUUAUCUUUUGAUUUUAAUGCUCAGAAAAGAAGCAUUUACUGUUAUACUGAGUUAUAGACUGGAGCUUCUUCAAGAGCUGUGGAGUAGAAGCCUUUAUUUCCUUGAAAAAAAUUCCAGUAUAAUAAUCAUAAAAGAGCCUGUUUUGUUUUAUCGCUGAUUUUCAACUCUCAAAAUUCGCAUUCUAAGAAUGGAGGCAGAGAAGUGCUUGGAUUCUCAGCUAUGGCACGCCUGCGCCGGAGGUAUGGUCCAGAUGCCUCCGGUUAACUCCAAGGUCUUCUACUUCCCUCAAGGCCACGCCGAGCACGCCCAGGCCCACGUCGAUUUCACCGCCCUACCCAGAAUCCCUGCUUUCAUUCCUUGCCGAGUUGUGGCCGUGAAGUUCUUGGCUGACCCUGACACCGAUGAGGUUUUCGCCAAGAUCAGAUUGGUUUCAAUGAGAAACUCUGAGCUUGGCUUUGAUGACGAUCGUGUUCUAGGGUCAGGUGGGUCUGAGAAUCCAGAGAAGCCCGCUUCCUUCGCGAAGACAUUGACUCAAUCAGACGCCAACAACGGUGGCGGUUUCUCGGUUCCGAGGUACUGCGCCGAGACGAUCUUUCCGCGACUGGAUUACACGGCGGAUCCACCGGUUCAGACAGUGAUUGCCAAGGAUGUUCACGGCGUGGCCUGGAAAUUUAGGCAUAUUUAUAGAGGGACGCCGCGCCGGCAUCUGUUGACGACUGGGUGGAGCACAUUCGUGAACCACAAGAAGCUGGUUGCAGGGGACUCCGUUGUGUUCUUGAGAGCUGAAAAUGGUGAUCUUUGUAUCGGUAUUCGGCGAGCCAAGAGGGGGAAUGGACUAUCUCCAGAGUUCCCAUCUGGGUGGAACUCCGGUCCCUGCCAUACUGAUUCACCAUAUGGUGGAUUUUCAGUGCUUUUGAGGGAGGACAACACAGUAAUGCGAAAUGGUGGCGGAAAUUCAAGUCCCAGUGGCAAUUUGAGAAGAAAAGGAAAGGUGAGGCCUGAAUCGGUUACUGAAGCAGUCGCUCUUGCUGCUGCAGGGCAGCCAUUUGAGGUUACAUAUUAUCCCAGGGCAAGCACGCCGGAAUUUUUUGUUAAGGCCUCGGCUGUGAAGGCAGCGAUGAGGAUGCAAUGGUGCUCUGGGAUGAGGUUUAAGAUGGCAUUUGAAACUGAGGAUUCUUCCCGGAUAAGCUGGUUCAUGGGAACCAUAGCUUCUGUUCAGGUUUCUGAUCCCCUACGUUGGCCUAAUUCCCCCUGGAGGCUUCUUCAGGUGACAUGGGAUGAGCCAGAUUUGCUACAUAACGUGAAGUGUGUCAGCCCAUGGUUGGUUGAACUGGUAUCACACAUUCCCACCACCCAUCUCUCACCCUUCUUACCACCAAGAAAAAAAUUGCACCUCCUGCAACACCCAGACUUUCCCCCCGAUGGCCAAUUUCCACUGCCAUCAAUUUCAGGCAACCCCCUUAGGCCCAGCAGCCCCUUGUGUUUUCCAUCCGAUAACACUCUUGCAGGCAUACAGGGAGCCAGGCAUGCUCAAUUUGGAAUAUCUUUAUCAGAUCUCCACUUUAACAACAAACUGCAGUCAGGGCUGUUUCCAGCCAAUGUCCAGCGGUUGAAAAUACCUUCAAGAACUUGCAAUGGCAUCUUGGAAGGCGACAAAAACAGCAAUGAAAACUUAUCUUGCUUGCUGACCAUAGGAAAUUCUUGUCAGAAUUUGGAGAAAUCGGAUAAUGUGAAAAGACACCAGUUUUUACUUUUCGGUCAACCAAUACUCACUGAGCAGCAGAUCUCUCGGAGUUCUAAUGACAAAGUCUCACAAAUUCUUUACAGGAAAAAUACAUCAGAUGAGAAUCAAGAAGUGAGGUUUCUUUCUGAUGGUUCAGGAUCCACGCUUGAGCAGCUUUCACCAGAAAAAUCAUCAAGUGCUGGAUCUUCAUGGCACCAGGGUUUCCAAGACACUGAACUUGGGCUGGACACCGGUCAUUGCAAGGUAUUCAUGCAGUCGGAGGAUGUGGGACGCACACUUGACCUCUCAGUUUUUUAUUCUUAUGAAGAGCUGUACAGGAGGCUAGCCAACAUGUUUGGAAUAGAAAGAUCAGACAUGCUAAGCCCUGUGCUCUACCAAGAUGCAACUGGUGCUGUCAAGCAAACUGGAGAUGAACCAUUCAGUGAUUUUUUGAAAACUGCAAAAAGACUUACUAUUCUGAAAGAUUCAGGCAGCAACAAUAUUCGAAGGACGUGGAUUACAGGGAUGAGGAAUGCUGAAAAUGGACUAGAUGCAUCAAACAAGACAGGUCCCUUGAGCAUAUUUGCCUAAUAGUGUGAAGUUUGAUUCUUGUUGAAAAAACUGAAUAAACCAUGAAGAUUGCGUAUUUCUUUUACAAAAUGUAGUUAGGAGAAACCAGGAAUGAAACUCUUCAUCUUUUUUUUUUUUUUCUUUUUUUAUGGUGAUGCCUUGGUUUGUUUUGAAUUUUAAAUGUCUACACGUUUGCUGAAAUUUGGUGAUUAACAUUAUGGUGAACUUCUCAUGUCUAUGUUUGCCUUGAA